CUGUGCCAUCGUGACUUAUCUCUGCUCAUAUAAAAUUCGGAUUGCAUGAACGUAAAAAUUUUUAUCGUUCUCCUAUCCUCAAUCAAUGAAUUGACCAGACCUCUCAAUUGCAUUGUAGCCACUUUUAACAGAUCAUACCCUAAAUUAUUAGCAAUUUUCUAUCAGUUUUUCUCCUUAUCGCUUUCUGUUUAUCAUGUCGACGGCCGGUGGCAUUCACGGCUUUUUCGACAUCCAACACUCUACUAGCCAACCAGUCGCCAGCCCGGCAGCAACUCUCCAGAAGUCCAAAGGUCAUGCUCGCCAGGCCCCUUCAAAUAUUGAAUUGGACGAAUACACCUUCGGCAAAAAAUACAAUGGCCCGCUUCGUUCUGGUCCCCCAACUCCAGGAGAGGCGCCUUCUGCCGCCGAAUCCGUAAUGGAGAAUACCCUGCCUCAGACUCCAAAUGAAUUGGAAAUGAGUAGACCGCCCUCUCCGAAGAUGGAGGAGGCUGCCAAUCUCAUGCAGUGCUGGAACGACCCGCCGAAGAAUAAGUGGCGAGUUUUGAGUUGUUGUCUGAUUUACUUUGGAAACGGCAUCAAUGAUAGCGCAACUGGCGCUCUCAUCCCUUAUAUGGAACAUCACUAUGCAAAAGGACAUGCAAUCAUGUCAUUGAUUUUCGUCGGGCAGGCCUUGGGAUUCGUCACUGCGGCAUUCUUCAAUAACCUCCUCUUGAGCAAGAUCGGUAGAGCCAAGAUGCUCAUGACCGCCGAACUGAUAUUGAUUCUAUCGUACAUUGUUCUUGUCUGCACGCCACCUUUUCCAGCUGUAGUCAUUGCUUUCUUUCUCCUAGGUUACGGCAUGGCCAUGACUCUGGCCCUCAACAAUGUCUUUUGCUCCAAUCUGCAGCCAACGACCGUUGUCUUAGGCGCAGCCCAUGGCAGCUACGGCAUAGGCGGCAUCUUUGCACCUAUCCUCGCAACCCUCAUGGUCUCCAACGGCAUCGUCUGGUCCCGCUUCUACUUCGUCCCCUUCGCCAUUGCCAUCGUCGCCAUGCCCUUCGCAGGCUGGGCCUUCUGGGACUACCAAGAAGAGACCCCACAGACACUGAUAACUGCGCUCGAACGGACCGCCAGUCGACAGAUGGCUGGCGAAGAGGCCGUCUCGAAACUCCACGACCUCAAGGUCGCCCUGAAGAGCCGCGUCACCAUCUUCGGCGCCCUCUUCAUCUUCGCCUACCAAGGUGCCGAAGUGUCCAUCUCCGGCUGGGUCAUCUCCUUCCUGAUCAACUACCGCGAUGGAGAUCCCUCAAGCGUCGGCUACGUGACCGCUGGAUUCUGGGGCGGCAUCACCCUCGGCCGCUUCGUCCUCACGCACCUCGCGCCCCGCAUCGGCGAGCGCCGCUUCGUCAUCCUGCUCAUCCUCGGCACGACGGCCUUCCAGCUCCUCGCCUGGCUCGUCCCCAACGUCAUCACCAACGCCGUCGCCGUCUCCAUCCUCGGCCUCCUCCUCGGCCCCGUCUACCCGUGCGCCUCGACCAUCUUCGCACGCCUCAUGCCGCGCUCGACCCAGACGACGGCGAUCGGGUUCAUCGCGGGGGCGGGGAGCUCUGGAGGUGCGGUGGCGCCGUUCACGACGGGCAUUUUGGCGCAGGCGGUUGGGACCUGGGUGCUGCAUCCGGUUUGUAUUGGGUUGUAUGUUUGUAUGCUGGGGUGCUGGCUUGGGAUGCCGAGGAUUAGGAAGAGGACUGAGUAA